GCCAGCUUUCGCCUAUUGUGAGAGUUUUCCAGAUCUCGCGAGAUCUCGGAAGUUUCCCACGCCUGUUGUUGUGGCGUCUGCCCCCUUUUGCUCACUCUCUCCCUCCGAGUGUUGCUGUUUUCCGCCUCCCCCCCCCCCCCCUUCGUUUUUUUUUUUUUUUUUCCUCAAUCUCUGCCUCCCUCGUCCUUACACCUCCAGUCUGCUUCUGUUGUCUCGGCGGAUUGUUGGGCUGUUGGAGAGGAAAGGAUAUCGCGAGUACUGGAGUUUUGGUGAGAGUUUGUGGAAGAUGGCGCCUGUUGUGACAGGGAAGUUCGGGGAGCGCCCUCAGCCACAGCGCCUAACGAGAGAAGCGAUGAGGAACUACCUGAAGGAGCGAGGCGACCAAACCGUCAUGAUCCUGCACGCGAAAGUUGCACAGAAAUCCUACGGCAACGAGAAAAGGUUUUUCUGCCCUCCUCCCUGCGUGUACCUGAUGGGCAGCGGCUGGAAGAAAAAGAAGGAGCAGAUGGAGAGAGACGGCUGCUCCGACCAGGAGUCGCAGCCUUGCGCCUUCAUCGGCAUCGGCAACAGCGAGCAAGAAAUGCAACAGCUCAACUUAGAGGGAAAGAAUUAUUGCACAGCCAAAACCUUGUACAUAUCCGACUCCGACAAGAGAAAGCACUUCAUGUUGUCUGUCAAGAUGUUCUACGGCAACAGCGCAGACAUCGGCGUCUUCCUCAGCAAGAGGAUCAAAGUCAUCUCCAAGCCCUCCAAAAAGAAGCAGUCCCUCAAAAACGCUGACCUGUGCAUCGCGUCGGGGACCAAGGUGGCUCUGUUCAACCGGCUGCGCUCCCAAACAGUCAGCACGCGUUAUCUACACGUGGAGGGCGGCAACUUCCACGCCAGCUCCCAGCAGUGGGGCGCUUUUUACAUCCACCUCUUGGAUGACGAGGAGUCUGAAGGAGAAGAAUUCACUGUGAGAGACGGUUACAUCCACUACGGACAGACGGUCAAGCUGGUUUGCUCUGUCACCGGCAUGGCUCUGCCCAGACUGAUUAUUCGCAAAGUGGACAAGCAGACGGCGCUGCUCGAUGCAGACGACCCGGUCUCCCAGCUCCAUAAAUGUGCCUUCUACCUGAAGGACACGGAGCGCAUGUACCUGUGCCUUUCCCAAGAAAGGAUCAUCCAGUUUCAAGCCACGCCAUGCCCAAAGGAACCAAACAAGGAGAUGAUCAACGACGGCGCCUCCUGGACAAUCAUCAGCACAGACAAGGCUGAGUACACGUUCUACGAGGGCAUGGGCCCCGUGCUGUCGCCCGUCACGCCUGUGCCUGUGGUAGAGAGCUUACAGCUGAACGGAGGAGGAGACGUCGCCAUGCUGGAGCUGACGGGACAGAACUUCAUUCCCAACCUGCGGGUUUGGUUUGGGGACGUCGAGGCUGAGACCAUGUACAGGUGUGCAGAGAGCAUGCUGUGCGUGGUGCCCGACAUCUCCGCCUUCAGAGAGGGCUGGCGCUGGGUGCGGCAGCCCGUCCAGGUUCCCGUCACGCUGGUGAGGAACGACGGCAUCAUCUACUCCACCACACUGACCUUCACCUACACGCCGGAGCCGGGGCCGAGGCCGCACUGCAGCGCGGCCGGCGCCAUCUUGCGAGCCGGAAGCUCCAGCCUGCACAGCAACAGCAGCCAGGAGGCCGGAACCAGCGUGUACGGUCCCAACAGCACCGCCGGCGCAGGGGGCGUCACGUCUUCGUCCACCGCCGCCGCUGUGGUGUCCUAACGCACGCAGGGGGCUCCUUUUAACAGUUUGCCUUAAGCGCAAAUACACCCGGAGGUGUACGCAGACUAUAGGAAACAAACUGACUCACUCUGAAGUGCUGCAUAUUCAUUCUGGAAACAAACGACGAGAAAAAGGUGAAAUAAAAAAAAAUCCAGCGC